AUGGCUACUGAGGCUCCUACCACCGCUCCAGAUGCGCCAGUGGCAGAUGCACCCAAGAGUGAUGCUGCUGAUGCUACUGCUGAUGCGGAACCAACCCCUGAUGCGCUAGUGAAGGAUGUUGCAAAUGGUGAUCAGAAAGAGAAAGAAGUGAAUGGUCACGCCGACGACGCCGACGUCUCCCCUAAAACUCUUGUGCCAGAAACCAAAACCGAUAGUCUUCCUAGUCCUAAAGACGAACCUUCGUUGGAAGAAGCACAGACCACACCAGCAAAGAAGGAAGAAGACGCCCCCAAAGCGGAAGAGUCAAAGGAAGGUGAGGGGAAGAGUGACGAGAAGGGUCAAAAAGAGGACGCAAAGCCCGCUCCGGUAGAGGAAGAAAAGAAGGCCGAGGAACCAGCGAAGGAAGAGGAGGCAAAGGACGAGGGCGACAAGAUGGAGAUCGAUGCGCCAGAGGUACCGGCGGGCGAUGCGCCCAAGGAGCCGAUCGCAUCGCCUGCGGAGGACAAGGUUCCUGAACUGGCCGCCGAAGAAAAGAGCAAGGAAGAGAAGCCUGCCGCUGCCGAGGAGGCCAAGGAGGACAAGCCGGCCGAACCAAAAGCUGACGUAGCCACGGAAGCGAAAUCGGAAGACGGACCCGCAGCAAAGGAGGAAGCCGCUGCUCCUGCCGCAACUGAAACCCCCGCCACCGAGCCCGCGUCACAACCUCCUGCAUCUCCUGCGAAACAACAAGAAGACGUGGAGAUGGCUGAUGCACCUGCCACCGUCGAGGAGCCCGCCAAACCAGAACAGGCAAAGCCCGCCGAGGCGACGCCCACAGCAACCCAACAGGAGACACAAGACACUGCUGUCAGUGACGUACCGCCCCCCACACCCGCUGAAGAUGAGAGAAAGGAGAAAGACGCGCCUCGGCCAUCCCCAGCCGCCCCGGUCACCGCAGACACUAGCAUGUCGGACGCGCCCCCGCCAUCGUCCAAGCCCUACAGGGAACGCGAGGAAGACAGCGAAGAUGAGCCCGUCUCCAAACGCGCAAAGGUGUCCCCUGUCGCAGAUCAGGCCAACGCUAAGAGCGAGGCCAAGAGGGAGGACAAGAUGGACGUCGACCGUAAGCCUGCCGCGUCAUCUGCAUCCACCCCGGUCCACGACAGGAGCGAACCCAAGUCGCUGGCCGAUGACUCGCUCAACAACUUGCCCAUCUCGGACUACAUGAAUCGUCAGAUCCGUCAGGUUCUGGCUGGCGUCAAGAAGACCAAAGCGGGCUAUCACUUCCGUCUCCCCGUGUCGGAGCUCUGGCCGGGUCUGUGGAAUGAAUACUCGGCCAAGGUUAAGGACCCUACCGACAUUCAGACCAUGGAGAAGCGGCUCCGCGGGAACUUGGCUAAGUACCAGACCCUAGGAGACUUCAAGCGCGACCUGGACAAGCUGGUGCAAAACUCCAUCGCCUUCAACGGUGAGUAUCACGACGUCACUAACGCGGCUCGGUCGUGUCGCGAGACUAUUUUGUCUCGACUAGGUGGCUGCUCAGCCUUUGAGCCGUCGAGGCCUGAGAAGAAGGACUUUGCGAAGCAGCACCCGACCCGUCAUGCGGAACCGCGAGCGGCUACGCACCACUCUUCUCCCUCGGCACCUCUCCCCCAGCGCCCCCAGCAGCCCCGCGUCAAUACCGCGGCGGUGCCCGCUCCCUCGUCCUCAAAGCCCAUCGAGUCUCCUGCCUUCGCCAUUCCCGCCAACAACAAUGGCAUGCCCUUGAUCCGCCGCGACUCAACCAAGCCUGACAGCCGCGCCAAGCGUCCCGUGAAGCCCACCCAUUCAAAGGACCUUGUCUACGACACGAAGCGCAAGAAGAAGCUCAUUCCCGAACUCCGUUUCUGCGAAGAGGUGCUCACUGAACUCCGCAAGCAGAGAUACUACGAGUUCAACGAGGCCUUCCAGAAGCCUGUUGACCCCGUUGCCCUCAACAUCCCGACUUACCACAAGAUCAUCAAGAAGCCGAUGGACUUGUCGACAAUGCAGAGCAAGCUCAACGCGGGCGACUACGCCAACGCGAAGGAGUUUGAGCGGGACUUUGAACUGAUCAUCAAGAACUGCAGGCUGUUCAACGGCGAGCAGCACAUUGUGUAUGAGCAGGCCCUGCGACUGCAAAGCCUUUACCGCCGUGAAAUGUCUAAGAAAGAUGAAUGGCUGGCUAAACACGCGCCUGCUCCUGCGCCGCAUCAUUCUUCGAACACUAGUCCUAGGAUGAAGGAUGAAUCGGACUGGGAGGAGCCCGAAUCGGAGGGCGAGCCGGAGGUGGAUGAGGAACUUAAGGGGGCCCAACAGCGACUGGCGAGCUACAUGAAGCGCUUGGAGGAAGAACAAAAGAAGAUCAACGACAUUAUGCUCGAGAUGAAUCCGAAUAUGGCGGACGUCGAGAUUGCACAGUCUGUCGUUGCUAUGCUUCAGAAGCAGAUCAUCACCGAGCGGUCCAAGAUUGCCUCUAUGCAGCCGACAAAGAAGGCCGCGCCUGCGAAGUCGCAUCAUGCUAAGCCUGCGGCAAGCAAGCCCAAGAAGGCCAUGCCCACCGGUGGCAGCUCUCACCACGCUGGUGGCAAUCCUACCAAGAAGGCUAGCGGUGGCCAUUCGAGCAUGGGCGGCCAUGGAGGUGGUAUGGGAGGUAUGCCCAAGAAGGCGGCGGCUCGGAAGCCCGCACCGAAGCGCAAGAUGGGUACGGUCGAGAAGGAAGUUAUUGCUGCCGGUAUUGCCGAGCUGGAAGGCGCCCAACUUGAGCGUGCUAUCGAAAUAAUCAAGAGCGACACCGGCACGGGUGAGAACGACUCGGGCGAAUUGGAGCUGGAUAUUGAUCAGCUUUCCCAAGAGGCCCUCACUCAGCUGUACGACCUCGCCAUCAAGGCGUUCCCCCACCUGCAAAGGGAAAAGGAACGCACCAUGGCCGCCCAGGCGCCUCCUCCCCCACCUGCCGCGCAACGGUCCAAACCAGUCCAGAAGACCAAGAAGAACAAGCCGAUGAGCAAGAUGGAGCAGGAGCGUAGACUGCAACAGUUGAACGAGCUUCGCGCCCAGGCCGGCCGCCAAGGCUCCGGUAGUCAAGAGCCUCUGGAGUCGAUCGAGGGUACGGGAAGGGCUUCUGUUGACCCCGCUCCGCAGCACCAUCGCGAGGAGGACAGCGAGGAUGAGGAGAGUUCCGAGGAGGAGUAG